AUGUUCCCGCUGUGCCCACUGCUGCUGACCCUGGCCCUGGUGGCCGUCCCCGGCGUCCAAGGCGCCUGCCCGGCGUCCGCCGACCUGAAGAACGCCAACGGGACGCGCACGUGCGCCAAGCUCUACGACAAGAGCGACCCCUACUACGAGAACUGCUGCGCCGGCGCCGUGCUCUCCUUGGAGUCGGGCGCCGACCUGCCCUACCUGCCCUCGGACUGGACGAACGUCAUCUCCUCGAUCGUGGUGGGCCAGCGCUGCGAGCUCACCGUGUGGUCCCGUCGCGGCAAGGAGGGCAAGUCGCGCAAGUUCUCGGCCGGUAGCUACCCGCGCCUGGAGGAGUACCGCCGCGGCCUCUUCGGGGACUGGUCCAACGCCAUCUCCUCGGUCUACUGCAGAACUCCAAGAAGCCACAGCCCCAAACUCUCAGGCCAGGAUGCCUAG